UCUGUGUCCUCAGUCUGACAGAAAACACAGACAUGGACUUUUCAUCUCUCUGCCUCCUCUUCCUCACUCUGUACUCUGCAGAUGGAUUUUUAGAGUAUGACAUGCACCGUUGUCUGUUUAACUCCUCUGAUAUGAAAGACAUUGAGUAUAUUUAUUCAAAGCAUUACAACAAAGAAGAGGUCAUCAGGUUCAGCAGCAGUUUGGGGAAAUAUGUUGGAUACACGAAGUUUGGAGUGAUGGCUGCAGGAUACUGGAACAAAGAUCUUGAAGGACUGAGAGAAAGGAGAGCUGAUAAGGAGAGACUCUGCAAAACCAACAUUGAUCUUGAUUAUCUGAAUAUUCUGACUAAAUCCGUCAAACCUUCAGUCAUGAUUGAGUCUGUGACAUCCUCUGGUGGUCACCAUCCGGCCAUGCUGGUCUGCAGCGUCUACGACUUCUACCCCAAGUACAUCAAGGUCAGCUGGCUCCGAGAUCAGGAGGAGGUCUCCUCUGAUGUCACCUCAACCACUGAGUUGGAGGAUGGGGAUUGGUACUACCAGAUCCACUCCCACCUGGAGUACACUCCCAGGUCUGGAGAGAAAAUCUCCUGUAGGGUGGAACACGCCAGCCUGAAGGAUCCCCUCAUCACUGAUUGGGAUCCAUCCAUGCCAGAGUCAGAGAAGAACAAACUUGCCAUCGGAGCUUCAGGACUGAUUCUGGGUCUGGUCUUGUCUCUGGCUGGAUUCAUCUACUACAAGAGGAAGGCCCUAGGUCGGUCCAGUUUAAACCGGUUCAGUCUGGUUCAGUCCAAAGAGGGUUCCUGAGUGUUUGCCAGCUGAGGCUGCAAUUCAUAUGUUCCUGCAGACAGACGUUCUUUUUGAUCUGAACCGGAUCCACAAGUGGACCCAGCAACUGUAGAACCUGAUCCAGAACCUCUCACUUCUUUCUGGGGUUCUGUGGUUCUGGAUCAGGUCUGUCCUUCAAUCACCUGUUCUGGUCUGGAAGAUUCUUUGCUGUUCUUCAUAUUUAAUCUGGAACAUCAUUCAAAUAAACUUUAUUGAACA